CGAUGCGCGAGACCAUACUCCUAGCAGAAUGCGGAGUGGCGGAUGAUACGGAAGUGGUCAUCAACCCCGGCGAGUCCGACGAGGAAGAGGACGAUGAUCUUGUUUUAUGGCUAGAGAACAUGUUGGAAGAGCCAUCAAGUCCAAUAUCUCGACCAUCAUGCGUACGAAAUUGGCCAAGGGGAUGUGGUCCGCAGGCCGAGUUGAAGGUUAAGAAGUGCCGGGCCAAAAGACGACGGAAAGCAAAGGCACAAAAGGCGAUGAGGUACGCAGCAUUCUAUUUGGAUGGAGAGGCCAACGUAUGGUGGCAGUGGCUGUCAAGGAUCUACCGUAGGUGGCAACAGGUCAUUACAUGGGCUGACUUUGAGAGAGAAUUGCUCACACGUUUUGGUACGUCCGAUUACCAUAACUACAAUGAGGCCCUCGCACGAAUACGACAGACAGGCAAUUUACGUGAAUAUAUCAAGGAGUUUGAACGAUUAGCCU